AUGCUUUCUCCGCCCACCGCCCUCGCCCCGCCCGUCGCCCUCGCCGCCUCGUCGCCCGUCGACCUCGGUUCCCUCGCCCAUCGCUCCCGCUUCCCCCGCCCGUCGCUCUCGCUUUCCCCGCCUACACCCUCGCCUCGCCUGUCGGCCUCGCCGCUUCCCCGCCCGUCGCCCUCGCUUCCGCCCGUCGCCCUCCCUUCCGCCCGUCACCCUCCCUUCCGCCCGUCGCCCUCCCUUCCGCCCGCCGCCCUUCCUUCUCCUCGUCGCGCUCCCUUCCGCCCGUCGCCCUCCCUUCGUCUCGUAGCCCCUCCCCGUUGCCUUCCCUUCCGCCCGCCGCCCUUCCUUUCCUUCGUCGCGUCUUUCCGCCCGUUGCCCCCCUUCGUCUCGUCGCCCUCCUUCCCGCUCGUCCCCUCGCAAUCUCCGUCUCUCUCUUCUCCCGUCGCCCUCCCAUCCACUCCUCGUUGUCCUCGCCAUCCCUCCCUUUUCCCUUCUCAUCUCGCACACUUGUCACGGCCCCUUUUCACGUGCACCCCUUCCUUCCUGCUUCCCCCCAUCCCCUUCCUGCUUCCCCCCAUCCCCUUCCUGCUUCCCCCCAUCCCCUUCCUGCUUCCCCCCAUCCCCUUCCUGCUUCCCCCCAUCCCCUUCCUGCUUCCCCCCAUCCCCUUCCUGCUUCCCCCCAUCCCCUUCCUGCUUCCCCCCAUCCCCUUCCUGCUUCCCCCCAUCCCCUUCCUGCUUCCCCCCAUCCCCUUCCUGCUUCCCCCCAUCCCCUUCCUGCUUCCCCCCAUCCCCUUCCUGCUUCCCCCCAUCCCCUUCCUGCUUCCCCCCAUCCCCUUCCUGCUUCCCCCCAUCCCCUUCCUGCUUCCCCCCAUCCCCUUCCUGCUUCCCCCCAUCCCCUUCCUGCUUCCCCCCAUCCCCUUCCUGCUUCCCCCCAUCCCCUUCCUGCUUCCCCCCAUCCCCUUCCUGCUUCCCCCCAUCCCCUUCCUGCUUCCCCCCAUCCCCUUCCUGCUUCCCCCCAUCCCCUUCCUGCUUCCCCCCAUCCCCUUCCUGCUUCCCCCCAUCCCCUUCCUGCUUCCCCCCAUCCCCUUCCUGCUUCCCCCCAUCCCCUUCCUGCUUCCCCCCAUCCCCUUCCUGCUUCCCCCCAUCCCCUUCCUGCUUCCCCCCAUCCCCUUCCUGCUUCCCCCCAUCCCCUUCCUGCUUCCCCCCAUCCCCUUCCUGCUUCCCCCCAUCCCCUUCCUGCUUCCCCCCAUCCCCUUCCUGCUUCCCCCCAUCCCCUUCCUGCUUCCCCCCAUCCCCUUCCUGCUUCCCCCCAUCCCCUUCCUGCUUCCCCCCAUCCCCUUCCUGCUUCCCCCCAUCCCCUUCCUGCUUCCCCCCAUCCCCUUCCUGCUUCCCCCCAUCCCCUUCCUGCUUCCCCCCAUCCCCUUCCUGCUUCCCCCCAUCCCCUUCCUGCUUCCCCCAUCCCCUUCCUGCUUCCCCCCAUCCCCUUCCUGCUUCCCCCCAUCCCCUUCCUGCUUCCCCCCAUCCCCUUCCUGCUUCCCCCAUCCCCUUCCUGCUUCCCCCCAUCCCCUUCCUGCUUCCCCCCAUCCCCUUCCUGCUUCCCCCCAUCCCCUUCCUGCUUCCCCCCAUCCCCUUCCUGCUUCCCCCCAUCCCCUUCCUGCUUCCCCCCAUCCCCUUCCUGCUUCCCCCCAUCCCCUUCCUGCUUCCCCCCAUCCCCUUCCUGCUUCCCCCAUCCCCUUCCUGCUUCCCCCCAUCCCCUUCCUGCUUCCCCCCAUCCCCUUCCUGCUUCCCCCCAUCCCCUUCCUGCUUCCCCCCAUCCCCUUCCUGCUUCCCCCCAUCCCCUUCCUGCUUCCCCCCAUCCCCUUCCUGCUUCCCCCCAUCCCCUUCCUGCUUCCCCCAUCCCCUUCCUGCUUCCCCCCAUCCCCUUCCUGCUUCCCCCCAUCCCCUUCCUGCUUCCCCCCAUCCCCUUCCUGCUUCCCCCAUCCCCUUCCUGCUUCCCCCCAUCCCCUUCCUGCUUCCCCCCAUCCCCUUCCUGCUUCCCCCCAUCCCCUUCCUGCUUCCCCCCAUCCCCUUCCUGCUUCCCCCCAUCCCCUUCCUGCUUCCCCCCAUCCCCUUCCUGCUUCCCCCCAUCCCCUUCCUGCUUCCCCCCAUCCCCUUCCUGCUUCCCCCCAUCCCCUUCCUGCUUCCCCCCAUCCCUUCCUGCUUCCCCCAUCCCUUCCUGCUUCCCCCCAUCCCCUUCCUGCUUCCCCCCAUCCCCUUCCUGCUUCCCCCCAUCCCCUUCCUGCUUCCCCCCAUCCCCUUCCUGCUUCCCCCCAUCCCCUUCCUGCUUCCCCCAUCCCUUCCUGCUUCCCCCCAUCCCCUUCCUGCUUCCCCCCAUCCCCUUCCUGCUUCCCCCCAUCCCCUUCCUGCUUCCCCCCAUCCCCUUCCUGCUUCCCCCCAUCCCCUUCCUGCUUCCCCCCAUCCCCUUCCUGCUUCCCCCCAUCCCCUUCCUGCUUCCCCCCAUCCCCUUCCUGCUUCCCCCCAUCCCCUUCCUGCUUCCCCCCAUCCCCUUCCUGCUUCCCCCCAUCCCCUUCCUGCUUCCCCCCAUCCCCUUCCUGCUUCCCCCCAUCCCCUUCCUGCUUCCCCCAUCCCCUUCCUGCUUCCCCCCAUCCCCUUCCUGCUUCCCCUCAUCCCCUUCCUGCUUCCCCCCAUCCCCUUCCUGCUUCCCCCCAUCCCCUUCCUGCUUCCCCCCAUCCCCUUCCUGCUUCCCCCCAUCCCCUUCCUGCUUCCCCCCAUCCCCUUCCUGCUUCCCCCCAUCCCCUUCCUGCUUCCCCCCAUCCCCUUCCUGCUUCCCCCCAUCCCCUUCCUGCUUCCCCCCAUCCCCUUCCUGCUUCCCCCCAUCCCCUUCCUGCUUCCCCCCAUCCCCUUCCUGCUUCCCCCCAUCCCCUUCCUGCUUCCCCCCAUCCCCUUCCUGCUUCCCCCCAUCCCCUUCCGUGCUUCCUCCCGUCCCCUCCCCUGCUUCCCCCCAUCCCCUUCCGUGCUUCCCCCCAUCCCCUUCCUGCUUCCCCCCAUCCCCUUCCUGCUUCCCCCCAUCCCCUUCCUGCUUCCCCCCAUCCCCUUCCUGCUUCCUCCCGUCCCCUCCCCUGCUUCCCCCCAUCCCCUUCCCCCAUCCCCUUCCCUGCUUCCUCCCGUCCCCUCCCCUGCUUCCCCCCAUCCCCUUCCGUGCUUCCCCCAUCCCCUUCCGUGCUUCCCCCCAUCCCCUUCCCUGCUUCAGCCCAUCCCCUUCCCUGCUUCCUCCCGUCCCCUCCCCUGCUUCCCCCCAUCCCCUCCCCUGCUUCCCCCCAUCCCCUUCCUGCUUCCCCCCAUCCCCUUCCUGCUUCCCCCCAUCCCCUUCCUGCUUCCCCCCAUCCCCUUCCUGCUUCCCCCCAUCCCCUUCCUGCUUCCCCCAUCCCCUUCCUGCUUCCCCCCAUCCCCUUCCGUGCUUCAGCCCAUCCCCUUCCCUGCUUCAGCCCAUCCCCUUCCCUGCUUCCUCCCGUCCCCUCCCCUGCUUCCCCCCAUCCCCUUCCGUGCUUCCCCCCAUCCCCUUCCGUGCUUCCCCUCAUAUUUCCCAUGCGCGACACCCUUGAUCUCUGGGAAAAUGCCCGUCGCAAGUGCGGGCGCUGCGCGUCGGCCAACCUUUCUCAUUCUGUUCUGCCCACCCUCUCCCGUUCCGUUCUGCCUCCAUCUCUCAUUCCUUCGCACUUUCCCUCAUUCCUUCCCACCCUCUCUCAUUCCGUACCACCCUAA